AUGGAUUCUGCUGGCUUUGCGGUCGAUACUGGUGAGCAUGUCGAGCCUCGGGUCAACACCAAGCUGUCCGUGUACCAGGAGUUCCCGCAGUUCUCCCGCAAGCAGAUCAAGCACUUCCAAGACAUGUUCAAAAAAUUCGACGAGGACAACGACAACUUUCUCGACUUUAUGGAGCUCAAGCGCAUGAUGGAAGCCCUCGGCGAGGCCCAGACGCACAUCACCCUCAAAGGGAUCAUCAAGAAAGUCGAUGAGGACGGCGACAACAAGAUCUCGCUGCGCGAAUUCUUCCUCAUCUUCAAGCACGCCGCCUCCGGAGAACUUGGCGUCAGCUCGGAGAUUUUCCAAAAGCUUGCCGAUUCGAUCGACGUGACGAAGGAGGGUGUGGGAGCAGCCGCAAACUUCUUCGAGGCGAAGAUCGCCGAGCUGAACAAGAAGUCCGCCUACGAAGAGGAGAUCCGCCAGGAGCAGGAGGAGCGCAAGCGGAUAGAAGACGAGCGCAAGAAGUCUCGCGAGAAGUUCCAGGAGAGCCGCAAGAUGUUCCAG